UAAGAGACUUCUUGUGUGAGUGUGUGACUAAUGUAAGGAUCACCAUGAUCAGUCACCUGUUGCUGUGUGUGUACAUCAUCACCUUCCUGAUGGGAGUACCUGCCAACAUAUUAGCCUUCUGCACUUUUUGUCGCAAAGUUCGCCACAAACCAACACCCAUCGACAUCCUGCUCCUCAACCUCACCAUUUCUGACCUCAUCUUCCUCACAAUCCUGCCCUUCAAGAUGAAGGAAGCCAUUGAUGGCAUGUCAUGGAAGCUAGACUACAUCUUAUGUCCAGUCUCUGGAUUUUUUUUCUAUUCCACCAUCUACAACAGCACUCUCUUCCUGACCGCAGUUAGUGUGGAACGCUACCUGGGGGUGGCGUUUCCCCUCAGGUACUCCCUGUGUCGCCGGCCGCGCUACGCUGUGGUCGCCAGCCUCUUGUUCUGGCUGGUCUCCUUCAUGAACCUCAGCAUCGUGUACAUCGUGGCCACGUUCCUGGAAGAAGAGGGCACGGUCAGCAACGGCACCACCCAGGUGCGCUCCUUCCCUCCCGAAACGUGUUACCUGAACUUUACCUCGAAGCAGCUGAACAUCCUGCUUCCUGUCCGCCUCGAGCUCUUCCUGGUGCUCUUCUGUGUGCCGUUCCUCAUCUGCUGUUUCUGCUACGUCAACUUCAUCCGCAUCCUGUCCCGCCUGCCCAGCAUUGGCCGGCGCCGGCGCCUCCGGGCCAUCGGCCUGGCGCUGGGAACCCUCCUGAUGUUCACCGUGUCGUUCGGGCCCUACAACGUGUCCCACGUGGUGGGGUUCGUCCGCAUGGACAGCGAGAACUGGAGGGACAUAGCUUUGCUCACCAGCACCCUCAACGCAUGCUUGGACCCCAUCAUCUUCUACUUCUCGUCCGCGGCUGUCAGGAGCAUGCUCAGUCACGGCCUCAGGAACUGCAUAGCCAAACUGCACAUCCUGAAGUGUGGAGGCGAUCUGCCCCCCUGUGUCUGACAAAUACAAAGAGACUUGACAGUGUUGUGGGGUUGUUGACCGCAUAACAAGUGUGUGGAGAUCGUGUGUAAUGUCUUUUAUAUAAUUUGGCCCAGGCACACAGCCAGAUUACAAUAGAACAGUGUUUCACAGAGCUUAAAACCAGAAAAUGUGUGUUCCAAGGGGAUGCUGAAGGUGAGUCUCAUAUUCAGUUAAUUUUGAGGAAAAUAAGUGAAUGACAGGAUGUGCAAACAGGGAGAGAUGACACUGUCAGUGUAACGUUGUACUGUUCAAGGAACGGUAAACAAAUGUAUUGAGAAAGGAGAUAAGGAUCGUUUGCCAUCUAUUUAGUAAUAAUGAGCUCCCCAGCCUGUAUCCACAUACAUGGAGUCAUGCAGGUGUCGUCCUGAUAAGCAGAGAUAAGUCCGCUUCAUGUUGUCCCUGGUACACUUACCCAGACGCUCUGCUUAUUGGUUUGGCAGUAUAGUUUAGCACCUUUUAUAUUAGUUUACACUAGCUUUAACAGGAAGACUUCUAUAGAAAAUCAACGGGGGUUUAUAAUGAAUCAUUCAAGCUAUUGUAGAAACAUUGCAGUUUAUUGUACAAUCAGAACUUAUCAUGCAAGUGGUUAGAAUUCCAUGCUGGGGUUGCUUUCUGUGGGAAAAAAAGAUAACCUUUACUCGUUCUAAAAGUCUCAAUCACCGCUCUUAUGUGCUAUAUACACUGGAUCCCAAACCCGCAUGAAUAUUUGAGAUUCUCUAAAACCUGUUGAGAUAUUUGUUGUAAAAAGUUAAUCUACAUAGGCUAGUGUAUUCAAUCAGUGAUUUAUGACCAUAAGAUGGCCAUCAUGAUUUAAUGCCCAAUCAACUUAUUUAACGCACUGUAACAGAUAUACAGGUGCCUCUUUAUGUGUCGAGGGAUACACAAAA